UGUAAAGAAUAAUGUCUGAUUCUGCAGUUGCAACAUCCGCGUCUCCAGUGGCUGCUCCACCAGUACCAGCGGAGAAGAAGGUGGCCGCCAAAAAGGCAUCUGGAUCCGCUGCUGCUACUGCAAAGGCAAAGAAGCCCACAGCUCCACCAUCGCAUCCCCCAACUCAGCAAAUGGUUGACGCUUCGAUUAAGAGCUUGAAGGAACGUGGCGGCUCAUCGCUUUUGGCAAUCAAGAAAUAUAUUACUGCCGAAUACAAAUGCGAUGCCCAGAAACUGGCCCCAUUUAUCAAGAAGUACUUGAAGUCGGCCGUUGCCAAUGGAAAGCUGAUCCAAACAAAGGGAAAGGGUGCAUCUGGUUCGUUUAAGCUGUCGGCUUCCGCCAAAAAGGAGCCUAAGCCAAAGGUUGCAUCUGUCGAGAAGAAAGUUAAAAGUAAGAAGGUGGCGUCAUCGUCGUCGGCGGCAACCAAGAAGACAGCAAGCCCUAAAAAAGCAGCCGCUGCCGGUGACAAGAAACUAAAGGUGAAGAAGUCAGUCGCCACCAAGAAGACCGCCGAGAAGAAGAAAACUGAGAAGGCAAAGGCUAAGGAUGCGAAGAAAACUGGAACCGUGAAGGCGAAGCCAGCAGCGACAAAGGCCAAGUCGAGCCCAGCAAAACCAAAGCCAAAGCCAAAAGCAAAGGCUGUAGCUGCAGCGGCAUCUGUCAAGCCCAAGAAGACAACGAAGAAGCCAGCAGCUCCCGCCACUGUAAAGAAGCCGAAAGCCAAGACGACGGCGGCCAAAAAGUAAAGUGUGAAACUGUACACGUUGGUGUACAAGGUCGCAUUCGAAAUUUUAGAUGUAUCCGUCUGAAAUUGAUUUAAACAAGCCCUUUUCAGG